UCUGUGUUUGUAUAAACUUUAUAUUUACUACUUUUAUAAAAGAUGGAGACCUUACUGGAGUCGGACAGAGAGGAGCAAGUCAGAGAUGGAGAGCAGGAGGAGGUGGACGAUGACCGAGAGCUGAAUGAAACUCUCAGUAAUCUCCAUGUUUCAGCUCCUCGGGAGCUUUUCCUGAAGUUGGACAAGGCAGACAAGCUGUGUCCAGAAUCCUACAGGGUUAACUCCCCCGACGAGAUCCGACUGUUGGCCAUCGCCGACAACUACCAGCGUCAGUAUUCACACUUGUUUCCCAGCCGAAAACCACUGCUGCUCUGUCCUGUCAACGAAUGUGGUGUUAAGAAGUUUGUUUCCAUGACUCUUCGGCAUACAACAACAGUCCACCCUGAACUUUAUACCUGGGAGGGCUGCGGCUCCUUUGUGGCUGAUUUCUUGUCCCUGGACCCUUUGGACCCGCCUGUUGACGUGCCCAGGUACCUGUUCUCCCCCACCUCGGUGCUGAGGCGUCAGAGAGCCACAUGUUUUGAAUAUGCCACCCUGCUGUGCAGCCUGCUGCUUGGCGCCAACUACGACGCCUACUGCGUCAGCGGCUACGCUGUCAAAGAGAUGUGUCUGCUCGACCAGAGCCUGCAGCAGUGCCCCCUGCUGGACACUGAGGUCAAAAGUGUGAUCUCAGAACAGGGAUAACAAGAAGAGAAGAAACAGGUUGCAGAAGCUGUGUUGCUUCACAAACAAAAACUACAGCAGGAGAGUGAUCAGCAACUUGCUGACCCCCUGCGAGGACUUAGGGUGCACUGUUGGGUGCUAGUGCUGUCAGGGUGUCGGAGCGUCCAGGAGAACUUCUUCAUCGACCCUCUGACCGGGAAGAGCUACACCACUGACAACGACAACUUCCUUGGCAUCGAGAGCGUGUGGAAC